GAAACUUCCUUAAAGAAAGAUCGUUUUUCCUCAGUCGUUUUAAACUACACACUUGAGCAACAUCAUGUCUGGGGCUGCUGUUCUUCGCUUUGCAAAAUUGACUCAGAAUGCUAUUUCCCCUACUAGAGGUUCAAAACAUGCAGCUGGCUAUGAUUUGUACAGUGCCUAUGACUAUGAGGUUCCUGCAAUGGGAAAAGUUAUAGCCAAAACUGAUAUUCAAAUUCAGUUGCCUGAAGGGUGCUAUGGCCGUGUAGCUCCUAGAUCUGGUCUUGCUGCAAACCACCACAUUGAUAUUGGAGCUGGAGUCAUUGACCGAGACUACAGAGGCAAUGUUGGUGUCGUCAUGUUCAACCACAGUCAAACUGCUUUCAAGGUGAACAAAGGUGACCGAGUGGCUCAGCUCAUUUGUGAGUUGAUACUCUAUCCAGAAAUUGAGGAAGCUGAGUCAUUGGAUUCCACAGAAAGAGGAGAGGGAGGAUUUGGAUCUACUGGUAAGAACUGAAUGCCUCGUAUUUGCACCCACGAUGUACAACUUCCAGUGUGUCAAUAUUCUCAAUAAAGCUUGUAAACACUG